GAACCAAGGGAAAUGGACAGCGUUUAUGGCGCCGCACAUCGCAAUGCCGCGUUGAUGGACAUUAUUGAUGCAGCCUGGGCGGCUGACCAGCUCUCAGAUGAUGAUGUAGAUCUGCCAAAUUUGGAUACCAACGAUGAGAGCGACGAUCUAAAUGAUCAAGAGCAAGAUGACGACAAGUGGAACGAGAUGGGGCUGCCAGAGUUUCAGAACGACGUCAUCUAGGGAGUUGGACUACGGGCGGACGAUCAAGGUCAGAAGCGAAGUCGAUGCUGGAGCAACCUGAGGGCGCUCUCUCAGAGCAUCUCAGUGUUAUUUGUGUGUGAUUCGGUUAAGGUCACAUGUUCUCCAAGUCAAAUAUAGUUUAGAUCACACAU